AUGCUUAUCAUGAAGGGAUUCAUUUCGUUCAAAAGGUUGCAGGAGUCAAUAAAUGUUCUGCAUCGCCGUGUUACUGGUUGUGGCUUUCGUAUAGGGAAGGACGAGAUAUUUACCUCACUUGUAGCUGCGCGAAAGUUCGUCGAAGAUCGGAAACUUCGGCCGAUGCUUAUGCUUGCUAAGGAAGCGUUGGAAGAUUUCGAAGGCGUAAAUGUAACUAAUCCAAAUGCUGUGGUCAUUGGGUUGGCGCCAUCAGAAUUUCAUUUUGAAAGGCUCAACGAAGCAUUCAAGCUCGUGUUAAAUGGAGCGCAGCUGGUCGCCAUUCAUAAGGGAAGGUACUACAAACGAGCUGACGGUUUGGCACUCGGUCCUGGCCCAUUUGUAGCUGCACUGGAAUAUGCCACUGGCGCUAAGGUUCGUUUUUUUGUUGUUGCAGAAAUUUUUUUGCGAUGUUUUGAAUUCCGUUCAAAGUUAUGGAACCUUCUAGAAACUCCCAUGAUCGGGGUUAUGUAG